CGUUUCUCUUGACUGUCGUAUUUCACUAUACCUUGGACCAUUCCAUCGUCUUUAAUCGUCUUCUCCUUAUACCCUUUUGUAGUAUGGAAAUCCAUGAACACUGUAUCCAUUUUUACGUUUUGUAUCUGCUCAGUGGUUUGCUUCAUUGGAAUAUUAGUAUUCCAGGACUUCGGAUUCAUUUCCCCACUUGAACAAUGGCGGGGCGCGCUCCCGGUGAUUCAUCCCCAUACAUCAAGCGAGUUGGGAGGUGUCAAUCUUGACGCUACGGAUCACGUCGAAGCCAGGGACGCAGCGAUGAAGAUCUGCUUGGAUUGACCACAUCCGAAAUAGGGCAUUGAAGCGGAAGGGCGAAUAUUGCAACAUUACGCCGGGAAGGACGCGGCCAACGAUCCAUCACAGACACUGACAUACGUGGUGACAUGCUGUGUAGGUCUUGAAGACAGGCAGCCG